AUGACGCAUUUCGUUAUAACGCCUUCCGUAAUGAAAAUUAUUACAACAUUGUUAAUAAUUUUAAAAAUUUUCGUUGUCGGCAUAAAUUCUACAACAAUAUCAGCGGUUAAAUACAAACCUCCAAGUUAUCCAACAAAUUUAUUAACGAAAGAUUGGCCAGAACGUGAAAUCAAAUAUUGGGGUGUAAGUGAAGAAUUUUUAAAUAAGGUACAUAACUUGGAGAUAUUCGAGGAUGAUGUUUGGCUGGUUACACUGCCCAAGUGUGGUACAACAUGGAUGCAAGAGUUGUUGUGGUUGGUCUUGAAUGAUUUUGAUUUUGCUCGAGCUACGGAGGAACAUUUGGAAAUUCGUUCACCAUUUUUAGAAUUCGAUUAUUUGGUAAAUGAAGAUUUGGAAUCAGCAUUUAAGCCCAUAGAAAAUCUGAAACGUCCUCGUUUGAUAAAGACCCAUUUGUGUUUGCCACUUUUGCCACGACAAUUAUGGGAGAAAAAAGCAAAGAUCGUCUAUGUUGCGCGCAAUUUAAAGGAUGCCCUUGUCUCCGAUUAUUAUCACAUGCGUAAUAUUGAUUUUGUUCAAAAUCAAACUCUUGAGAAUUUCGUCCGCGAAGAAAUCGAAAAUGGCGAUUCGGAUAUGCAAUUCUUACAUUUAACCGAAUUCUAUUCAUUACGUAAUGGAUCGUGGAUAUUCUAUACAAGUUUUGAACGUAUGAAACGCGAUUUACGUCAAGUUAUCUUGGAUGUCUGCCGAUUUCUGAAUCGAACUAUUGAUAAUGAAACAAUGGUGCGAAUGCUUAAACAUUUAUCAUUCGAUGAAAUGAAAAUGAAUCCGAAAACGAAUCAUUUAUGGGAAUAUGAACAGAUACGAAAUAAAUUCGGAAUGGAAUCUGGAAAACCUGAGUUCAAUUUUAUACGCAAAGGAAAGGUGAAUGCUUAUAAGGAAGAGUUAUCCAAGGAUAUGGUGCAAAAAUUGGACAAUUGGAUGGAAGAUAACUUAAGGAAAUUUAAUAUAACAUUAAAUGAAUUGUUGUUGUUAAAUAAUGUAACAAAUGUUGUAACAAAAUAA